UCAGUGUGACUGGCAACACACCGUUAUCGCUAGUAAAGUUAACAAAAGAAUGCUAUUUAAAUGCUAAAUAAUUCUAUAAAAGGUGAGAAAUUGUUGCUGCAGCGUGUAUUAAGUGGUGGCAUAUGUGCAAUAGUCGAGUAGCGUCAGCAUAGCGUAUUUAUACAUUGUGACGCCCACACUGCUGUUAACUUGGUGUGCGGUACAAAUCAGAGUGGGAAAAGGCGGGUAGGCGGAAUAAGAACCAGAAGAAGAAGCAAUCAAGUGGCAACAACUGCGACAGCGACAACAGCGAGAACAACAACAUCAACAUAGCUGCCACUGCGGCAGCGCCACGGGCAGAAUGCAAAAAGUUAAUUAGCGUGAACAAAAUCACCACACGGUGGGUGGCGAAGGCAAAGCCGCAAAAUUGUGUAUGUUGUGUGUUGGUUGGUCAAUGAUUGUUGAGUGGGCAAGUGAACUGGAAAGGUGGAAGGAAGCAGGCAGAAGGACAUGGAGUUUGCUGAUCUGAUAAAAACACCCAAAUUGGAUGGGGUGUUUCUGCACACAACAACAGCGAAUGCAACAGUUGAGGGCACCCUCUGCAUAACCGGUCACCAUUUGCUGCUCAGUGCAAGACAGGAGAACAGCCAGGAGCUAUGGCUGCUGCACAAGAACAUCGAUAGCGUGGAGAAGAAACCGAGCAUGGGCCAGAACAUUGUCAUGGGCGGCAUCAUAACGCUCAAAUGCAAGGAUCUGAGAAUUAUAGCGCUCGAGAUUAAAUAUGCCAAAGACUUCUUCAACGUGUCCGCCUCUUUAGAGGCAUUAAGCGCAAUACAGAAUCCCGAGCUCGACUAUCCGUUCUUCUAUAGGCCCAUGUAUUCUAUACUAGAGGAUGGCUAUACUAUGUUUCGUCCGGAAUUGGAAUUCGCACAACUGAUUAGCGGCAUGAGUGUGGGUGGCGCCUCAUCCCCCAAUGUGGCAAAUAUAACCAUAUGCACGCCUUCAACAUCUGCUUUGGCAACGAGCAUUCCACAUCCGCUGCAAAAUGGCUUUGCCUUGGAUGCCGCAGCUGCCUUGAUGGGUGGUAGCAACAUCACCGCCUGUGAGUGGCGCGUGAGCCACGUCAACAAAGACUUUGGUGUCUGUGCUACAUAUGGCGCCACUCUGAUUGUACCUAAAGCAAUUAGCGAUGAGCAACUGGCGCUCUCCGCUGCAUUCCGCGAUGGCGGCCGUUUCCCUGUGCUAAGCUACAGACAUGAGAACGGCGCCACGCUGAUGCGUAGCGCACAACCUUUGUCCAUACAGGGCAUCAAGCGCUGUCGUGCUGACGAAGCUAUACUCAACCUGGUGCUGGGUCGUAGUAAAAAAGGCUUUAUUGUGGAUACAUGGGGCAAAGGCAAAUCAAAUACGGAAACUGACUUGCAUUAUUCCCAGUGGAAAAAGGUAAAUCGCGCUAUUGGCAAUGUAAGUUCACCGGCAGCCAUUCUUGACAGUUUCGCCAAGCUAAUUGAGGCAUGCAAUGACACCGGAUGUACCACCGAUAAAUGGCUAACGCGUCUGGAGAACAGCGGCUGGCUGAGUCUAGUGCUUAACUCUCUGAAUGCCUCGUGUGUGGUGGCUCAGUGCCUGGAUCAGGAGGGAAGUCCGGUGCUAGUGCAUGGCGCCAAGGGAUUGGACUCUACGCUGAUAGUCACAUCUCUGGUGCAAAUUAUUCUCAAUCCGGAUUGUCGCACUGUGCGCGGCUUGCAAGCUUUGAUAGAGCGGGAGUGGAUUCAGGCGGGCCAUCCGUUUGCCUCACGUCACCGAUAUUCCUGUUAUACGCCGCAUCAGACACGCAACAAAAACUCUGGCGCUACCUUUGUGCUGUUUUUGGACUGCAUCUAUCAACUCUACACGCAGUUUCCCUGCAGUUUUGAGUUUAGCACCCAGCUGUUGAUAUUGCUUUUCGAGCACAGCUACUUCUCACAAUAUGGCACAUUCUUAUGCGACUCAGAACGGGAGCGACACGAACUACAAGUGCACACUAAAACCACGAGUCUGUGGUCUUACCUUAAUCGGCCAGACGUGCUACAAACUCUGCUGAAUCCGUUAUAUGAGCCAAACUCCGCUGUGAUUUGGCCUUCUGUGGCACCAAUUAGCCUGGAAUUGUGGAGCGAACUCUAUUUACGUUGGGUGAUUGAUCAACGCAACUUGGUAUCGACAAUGACACAAAUACAAGAGCUGGUUACAAAUGAAAAGGAGCUGAGAACUCAGGCUCUGAAACUGCGCAAACAGGCCUUGGAGCUAAGCCAAGAAGUGAUGACACUUAUCAACGAAGUGGAUGAUGCAUAAAGUUGUUGGCUGCCUCUAGUAGCUGUCUCUCUUACUAUAUUUACACUAUUAUACACAUACAAGAUAUACACUUAUUUUUGAUACUUUCUGUAGCCAUUUUAAAACAAAUUAUUUAAGCAAAUCUUAUUUUGUAUACAAAAUUCAAGAAGUAACAAAUAAGUCUCUAAAAGUUCCAUUUAACAAAUGUGCUGAAAUAACAAAACAAAAACAAAAUCUCAACGUGAUCUACUAUUGGAUCCGAACAGGCUCUCUCAAUCGUAUUGACAAAAGUCCAUUUAAUCUAUAGAAUACUAAAUACAGUUAAACUUAAAUUGUCUACUUACUUUCUAACUCAAAGCGCUCUCUUGCAUAUUGUAUUGUGCUUUAAAACGAAACCCAAACAAAAUGGCAAAUUAUCAAAUGUUUAACAAUUUGAGUCAAUUUUUGACGCAUUUACUUAUGGAAUUUUUAACAUGAUAAGUCUUCAAUUUAUUAAAUAGUACUUAAAGCAUGGUAAUUGAAAUACAGUUAAGCCAGCGAUCAAAUUUAGCAUUAUAAAAUUCAAAAGAUUUGCCUUUUUCGAAACGUUUGUAUUUUGUAUAUUUUGAUUCAAUCGCAAAAAUGUAUUGCUUGAAAAGCGUUUAAAAUGAAUAUAUUGAUAAAACCAAACGGAGUACAUCAAUUAAGCUGUAAAUGCGUUGCUCUAUAUAUAUAUAUUAUAUAUUUAAAUGUGUGUUUGUAUAAACAUAAAUGUUUGUAGUUAGUAUUGAUGCAUUAUAACUUGUUUGUUUCGAAUUGUGAUCGUAUUUGAAAUCAUAGUAAUUCUUAUGUAAUUUGUAUGCAUAUUUUAUAUUUCUAUUGUGUGUAUUUUGAGUGUACUAUGCUAAUUAACAAUUUAAGUGCAAUAAAUACGUUUUAUUUUGCAGAAAUUCAUUGAGCGCAAUUAUUUAAAAUUAUGCGUUGAAUCCCUGACCAGAAAUUGUCAUUCACCAUGUACGUAGACACUGGUGCCACCUGUAACGCCUAAGCCCAAAAUGUUUUUAAAAACAAGGCAAAGUUUUGGUUUUGUUAAUAAAAAUGCAGUCCAUUUGCCGUUUUUUAUAAAGUAAAUUAAUUUAUUUUCACUAUACAAAAAUGUCUUGCCUAUUGAUUUUGUUUUCAUACCAUUGAAUUGUCGGUGUAAAUAAGCAUUGUAUAAAACUCACUUAAAAAUGUUGAUGGUCGGCUGAUCGGUUGUUCGUAAUUUUUGAUUUUGGGACAACAAUAACAAAAGAAA